AUGAAGAUACAGUGCAACGUGUGCGAGGGGGCGGAGGCGAACGUGCUGUGCUGCGCAGACGAGGCAGCAUUGUGUUGGGCCUGCGACGAGAAGGUACACGCCGCCAACAGGUUGGCAAGCAAGCAUCAAAGGAUUCCGCUUACCAGCUCUUCCCAUCAAUUGCCCAAAUGCGAUAUUUGUCAGGAAAUGGCAGGCUUUUUCUUCUGCCUAGAAGACAGAGCUUUGCUCUGCAGGAAAUGUGAUUUGGCCAUUCACACAGCAAAUGAAUAUGUGUCUGCUCAUCAGAGAUUUUUACUUACAGGAGUGAAGGUAGGUCUUGAGCCUACUGAUCCUGGUAAAUCUUCGUCCUCAGGUAAGUCGCCUUCUGGUGAAAAGCAAUCGGCGAUGAAAUCUCAAUCUGUUUCUGAAAGAAUCACACCAGCAAUGCCAUUCGCUAGUUCCUCGAAUGAUACUCCAUCUGUGAAUGGUGGUGGAUUAAGGAGCUCUGAGCCUUCUGCAAAGGUGCCUUUUUCGGAGGAUUAUCAGGCCGGAGGCAUCCAACAGUGGCCACAACUAGAUGAAUUUAUGGGUUUAACUGAGUUGAACCAAACUUACAGCUACUUGGGUAACGGUUCAUCAAAGGCUGAUAGUGGGAGGCGUGGAGACUCCAAUAGCUCCUCUGCAAUGAUGAGGUCUGGUGAUGAUGAAGUGGAUAAAGAUGAGUCUCACGGUCAAGCUUCGGAUAGCUAUUGGGCAGUGCCGGAGAUGCCAUCACCCCCGACUGCCUCAGGGAUCUGCUGGCCAAAACAACCCUGGGAUCACGGGGUGGUUUCCGUGCCAGAUAUAAGCUGCUCAGGUGCUCAAACCAACUAUGAUGGCGAGAAAGAACAUGUAAGAGCCAGAAAGAGGCGGAGGCAACAACGUUGGACUACUCCCUUUUGA